AUGCAGCUGGAAGUUCCCCGUUCUCCAGCUCCACCUGUUUGGCUUCCGAGCGUGCACUCCGGGGCCCCCCACGCCCCCAUCUCCCGGCUGCCACGGACCGUGCCAGAGCAGACCGGGAGAGACGGACAUCUGACGGCAGAGGGCCGAGUGCCGAGGGCGCAGCGCAUAAAAGCCAAAACUAUAAAAUGUCCUCCCGGGCCAAAGUGCACAGCACUGCCCAGAGGCCAUGUCAGUUUUCCACCACGAGAGGGCACCACCACACCGCGGUUGGGACCUCUCAUGGUGGAGGAGCUGCAGCGCGUCUCACCUCUCUGCCGCAGGUGGGAGAGGUGGGCUGCGCUCGCAGCUUCACCCUGGGUGUUGAAGACGAUUUCGAGAGGUUACAGGCUGCAGUUUGCCGCCGUUCCCCCUCGAUUCGCCGGCAUAAUACACUCCCAGGCUCAGGGAGAGUCAGCUCGUGUUUUACAAGAGGAAAUCCUCUCACUGUUAAACAAAGGAGCAAUCUGUGUCGUUCCUCCCGCACAGUGUCAGAGCGGUUUUUACUCCAGGUACUUUCUGGUCCCAAAACGGGGGGGGAGUGGUAUUCGCCCUAUCCUGGAUCUACGUGCUCUGAACACAUUUCUCAGGAAAUACAAGUUCAGGAUGCUCACACACGCAUCCCUGCUGCGCCUGGUGCGACAGAACGAUUGGUUCACUUCUGUCGAUCUGAAAGACGCGUAUUUCCACAUUCCAAUAUAUCCUCCCCACAGAAAGUAUCUGAGGUUCGCUUUCCAGGGGACGUGCUACGAGUACCACGUGCUCCCAUUCGGUCUGUCUUUAAGCCCGAGGGUGUUCGUCCGGUGCACGGAAGCGGCGAUAGCCCCGCUGAGACAGCAGGGCAUUCGCUUGGCCACAUAUCUGGACGAUUGGCUGCUUUUGGCACAAUCGAGGCAGGAGGCCAUGGCGCAUACGCGUAUUCUCACACGGCACCUAUUAGACCUGGGUUUUGUGAUAAACGCGGAAAAGAGCAUGCUGUGCCCGACACAGGACAUAAUCUUUCUGGGAUUAUCCCUGGACUCGGUGAUUUUCACGGCGCGCCUCUCGGCGGAGCGAGUGAGAGCUUUCAGAGCAUGUCUCGCGCUUUUCCAUCCAGGCAAAUCUGUUCAAUUCAGAUUGUGUCUCCGAUUACUCGGACUGAUGGCGUCAGCCAUUCUCGUGGUUCGUCUCGGUCGCCUCCACAUGAGGGAAUUCCAGCUCUGGGUGGCCUCAUGCGGGCUGGAUCCCGUGCGUCAUGGCGCACGGAGAGUGUUGGUUACGCCGGGGUGCGUCAGGGCACUGCGCCACUGGCGAGCCCCGUCUUUUCUGACCCGCGGGGUGCCCAUGGGCUCUGUCCUGUCCAGGAAGGUGAUCACUACGGACGCCAGCCUGACAGGGUGGGGCGGAAUUCACGAGGGCCGGUCAGUGAGGGGCCGCUGGAGUGUGGACCUCCAGCGGUCUCACAUAAAUUUUCUGGAACUUUCAGCGGUGUUCCUCUCCCUGAAACACUUCCUCCCGUCUCUCAUGGGCCAUCAUGUCCUGGUGAGGACGGACAAUACCACGACGGUAGCGUACAUCAACCGCCAAGGGGGGUUGCGCUCUCGUCAGUUGCACAUGCUGGCACGCAGACUGAUCCUGUGGAGCUGCGGUCGUCUCCUCUCCCUGAGGGCGACGCACGUCCCGGGAGCUCUGAACACGGGCGCGGACCUGUUGUCCAGGGGCGCGCCGGUAUACGGGGAGUGGACUCUGCACCCGGAGAUUGUGGAACAGAUAUGGGCCCGUUAUGGUCGGGCCGCGGUGGAUCUGUUCGCGUCAAGAGGAAACGCGCAGUGCGCGCUGUUUUACUCUCUGCGCAGCCUGGAUGCUCCCCUCGGCAUAGACGCUCUAGCGCACGUCUGGCCGCACGAGCUUCUUUACGCGUUCCCUCCCUUGGCCCUGAUACCCGCCACUCUAUCCAGAGUGAGGGACCACGGCCACGCGCUGAUUCUGAUAGCUCCGCAUUGGCCUGCGAUGCAUUGGCUGGCGGAGAUAUAUCGGUUGCUGUGCGCGCAACCUUGGCAGCUCCCGCUGCGCAGGGACCUGUUAUCGCAGGGGGGGGGGACGGUUUUCCACCCGCACCCAGAACGCCUGGCGCUGUGGGUUUGGCCCCUGAGUGGUUCAAUUUGUCAGCUGUGGGACUCCCACAGCGACCUGAUUGACAAACGAAAAGCCUUCUCCACAGUUAAAGUGUACUUGGCAGCUAUAGCUGCCUGUCACGUGGGGUUUAGGGAACAAACAGCGAGCCAGCACCCGCUGGUUUGCCGUUUUAUGAAGGGAGCGCGCAGGCUUCUCCCCGUGUCCAGACCGCUGGUGCCACCAUGGGAUCUGGCGGUGGUUCUGGAGGGGCUCAAGGGUCCUCCUUUUGAGCCGCUGGGGGGAGCAGGCUUGAAACACCUGUCUCUCAAGACAGUGUUGUUACUGGCUCUGGCUUCGGCUAAACGGGUUAGUGACAUCCAUGCGCUUUCGGUGCAUCCAUCAUGCACUCAGCUUUUCCCGGGGGAUGUGAGGAUGAUUUUGAAGCCCAACCCGGCCUUUGUGCCUAAGGUAGUGGGCUCAUGUUCUCCUAUUGACCUUGUGGCCUUUGCUGCCUCACCUGGAGAGCAGCGGUCACAUGCGUUAUGUCCAGUCCGUGCGGUGCGCGCUUACAUGGACAGGACUAAGGGUUUCAGGAGGAGCGAUCAGCUGUUUGUCUCCUGGGCUAAUCCUCAUAAGGGGAAACCUGUCACAAAGCAGCGCCUGUCCCACUGGGUCGUGGAGGCGAUUGCUUUGGCUUAUACGAGUCAGGGUUUGCAGACACCUGCGGGUCUGCGGGCACACUCGACUCGGGGCUUGGCCGCAUCCUGGGCCUUAUUCAGGGGAGUUUCUGUUCAGGACAUCUGUGCUGCAGCGAGUUGGUCCUCGCCUCUCACUUUUGUCCGUUUUUAUAUGCUGGACGUCUCCGCUCCGUGCGUGGCACGCGCGGUUUUGCUGUCCUGA